AUGCUCUCGGGUUUAGUCGACAUAUCGGAGUGCGAGAUCCCACAUUCUAAGCUCCACAAACCGUUAGGACGAGCGCGGUUUUCCCUCGGUAUCAUUGAUCACCUCGUGCAACAAGUCGCAGCCAGCUCCACUCAGGAUUCCAAGCAAGAUAUUCUAACGAGAGCCGUCGAUAAAAGGAUCGAGGAUUUGAAGCUUGAUCUUCGGGGUGGAGCGCACGCUAUCCUCGAGAGCGACCGUACAGGCGAGGCGUCACGACUUCUCUGUCGGAUGGUCUUGGCCAACCAUCGCCAAGAACCCAAGAUAUCGUUCUCGAGCAAAGAGCAGUCGGACUUUGUGGAGCAAGCCUUGUGCAGACUACACCCACAUCCUGACGGCGUCCACCUGAUCAUGGAUGAGCCCUUGGUGGUUGAGGCGGUGGAGGAGGAACUGAAGUCUUCGGGCAAGGAUCCUACGUUCAUCGAGUACAUGGAUCAGCUGAACCAGCUCAUAGAAAACCUUGGUGCGUCGACACACACAAAUGGAGAAGCUCUGGAGAUGCUUGUCCGUCGAUCGCUUCAGCGCUUCAACGGUGCCCUAGUGGCGAACCUUCCUUUCCUGAAAGGCAUCCCCUUGCCCACAUGGUGCGGCAAGGUCCUGUUUCAGAUUGACCAAAUCAACACAGCCAGUGGAUUUGGAUACAAGGGCAGUGGCGUGGCCGCCGAUCUCGCCUUCCUCAUUGACCGUCCUCCGUGCAAGAUGCUUGUUGCCCAGUCUGGUACACGUCCGGAUGGAGUCUGGUUUUUCCCUGACAAACGGUACGCCGGCUCUCUCGCGAUCAAGUUUUACAGCAACCGUGUGCCUCUGGACAAGCACAAGGAGAACGAGACCUCCAGCAAUGUUCGAGCGUGUUUCUUGAAGGUGGACGGUGACACGCUGAACACAACCUUGGAAGCCACUCGACUUGCUUAUGUGAAUGCAGGCGUCCCCUCCAACGUUAAAGGAACUUUGCGCAUUCACUUGGAGUUUCCGCAUGUCCAAGGAUUGAUGCCAUUCACCCACGUCAGGAAGGAUCCGAAGACUGGCGCUGAAGAUGUGAUGGUGUACACCAACUGUGGGAACAUGGACAGCUUUUUCGACGAGGCUAUCGAAGCACACAGGUUCGAUAUGAUCAAGCUGAAGAACCUGAUCAAGUAUGUCUCCGCCUCAUAA